GGAGGAUGAGAGAGUUGCAAGUGUUAGGAAUGGUUAGAAACGUCGUAAUGAGUUUUAUUUGAUCGACCCACGGUCAUUAUCAAGGAAAUUUACUGCCGAGAGGCAAAGUUCUAUCGCUGGUUAACGUUAAAUAACGCUUAUUGAUUUCUAUAUCCUCGUGUUAAUCUUGUCAUGUCCACUGUGAAGACAAUGGCAUCUUCAAAAGCUUCCAAGCAGACUUCAGCUGCAGCAUCAAAGAUCAAAAAUAAGAUCCUCAACACCUCCUCCUUCUUCAAGGUGUCUUUGAAGACCAACAACAAGGCCUUAGCUCUUGCUUUGGAGGCUCAGAAGGAGAGGAGCAGGCAGCUGGAGAGGGAGGUUGUGUGCCUACAGAAACAAGUGGAGACUCUUUUCUUCGAGCUGGCCACCAGGAAAUACAAGGAGAGGAAAGUGCUCCUCAUCUUGAAAAACCUCCACAGAAACACACUGCUGCACUUUGACAUGGUGGCUGAGCUAUUCCCCAACAGCGAUAGCAAGGCCUUAUUUGGUAACAUCACUGAAGAAAAUCCUGCAGUGGAAAGUCUUGUAGAUCAGUUACCUUCUCGGCCAGAAACAUCAAGGGAUUUGUUGUUUCCCAGCAAAAACAUAACAGCAGACCUGCCUGAAAGAAACAUGGAUGAGAACAUCUUCUGUAUCCAGAGUGGACCCAGCAAGUCCCCUGAUACUUCCAGUGAUGGUACAGAUGUUGAGAAAAGCCAGCAUAUACAUGCUCCUCCUCCUCAGGCAGAAACAACCCGUCCAUCCAGCAGCCUAACAGAAGAAGUGGAGAGGAUGUCAGUGAUGUUCUCUCAGUCGGGGUUUGACAUGAGGUCGGACUCCUGUCCUCACAGCCGCCAAAGCUCGUCACUUCUCAGCACAUGUGAAAACUCCAAACCAUCUUCCACUGAUAAUGUGAAUCCUCCCUGUGGCUCAGUGAUGGAAACAGACCCAGAACAUAGUAACACGCAAGAGAAAACUGUGAUUCUGAACACAACAAUGGAGAUGACACAAAGUAAUGCUACUGAGAUAGUCACUGUGGAAACCGAGGCCAAAAAAGUAGGCCGAUCCAGAAAGAUGAAAGGCAAGAAGAACAAGGAAGAAGUCUGUGCAUCGAGUGUGGCUGAAAAUCCACAAGUGAAGAACACUUCAGAUUCUGGGAUGAGUGAGGUUCAGACUGCUCCCUCUGACGCUUUGUUACAGACGGAUGACCACGCACUCGAGGAUAUUAGAGACCUAGAAAUUACAAACUGUCAGUCACCUAAAAAACACACUGGGAAUGUUAUUACCUCGCGCAUUCCCAAACUAAGCAAGCCUGAAGCUGGCAACUGUCAGAAAAUGGCAAAGGACAAAUUCAUAACACCACACCAAACCAAGUCAACCGAGUCGUGUGACACUGUCUCACCAGAUCGUGACGAUUAUUUCAGGAAUCCUGAAAAUAAAUUCUCCAAAGCCAGGUUUGGUGUAAAAUUACCACUUGAGAAAGACACUGGAGAGGAAGACGUGUCCAAAAUCACAUGCAGGAGGUCCAGGAACAAAGGCAGGAGGGUGUCUUCAGUCACCAGGAAAACUUUAUUCUCUUUGCCAUUGCCAUCUCCUGAAAGCGAGAGCAGUCGGUCCAAAUUGGAACUGCUCCACAAUGAAGUGGACGAGGAGAUUAAGGGAAAACAUGAAGCGAGCAAUGGUGAAGAACAACCUGAAGAGUUCCUGUUUUGUACCAGUGAGUUCACACGUCCAGAGUCAGAGCAUGUGGGACAUUUUUCCCUGCGUGCCGAUAAACCACAGAGCAAAAUUAAGACCACAACAAGUUCUGGGGAAAGUCACAAGUCAAGAUGCAGAGGGACAUUUGUGGUCUCUGUGAUGAGGGAUUGCACCUCACUGAACAGUGCGUCACCAGAAGCAGAGCAGGAUUUAUGGCCUUCUACAGGAUCCUUCCACCGUGAUGCAGAAGAACCAUCAACAGUCAUGGAUGCAGAUGUCGUUCAGAGACAUUCAGCAUCAGAUCCACACAGGGACAGUGAUGGAGUCUUUGUCGAGGAAACGCAGAACUCCUGUAAGCGUCCAUGGGUGUCCACUCAGGAUUCAGACAGCUUUCAAGAGGACUUGAGCAGCAACGACAACCACAAAGUCCUGCUGCUGGACCAAGACUCUGCAGGUACAGAGUUUCAGAAACCUAAAAAAGCCAGGAGAGAAGAAACAGGGCGAUCCAGCAGGAAGAAACCCAAGCAGAGUAAGGAGUGUGAUGAUCUUUUACAUGACAAGAAAAAGAAGAAGAGUAGCAACAAAGGAUUUAAGUCUAAGAAUGAAUCAAGUUAUCUUCAGGGAGCCAGUGAUGCCUCACCUCUCUGUGGCACUAAUGUUCCUGAGAGAAGUAAGGAACAGUUACAGGAUUUACAAGACGCUCGCUCACAUUCUUACACCAAUGAAAAUGAUGAGUAUUUCUAUGAUUUAAAACCCACUAAGUCCAAGUCCAGUAUGGAUUUGAAACCAAAAGACCGUAGAACAAAAUCCAAGCUGCAUACACCCACUGAAACGAGAAAUCCAAGGGAGACAUUUGUUGUCUAUAGGCGGAAAACUCAAGACAGUGUUUCACUAAGCACCACGAGGACAUCUAAUGUGUCAGACGCCUACAGUCACUCUGUGUACACCAGUGAUGAGGCAGUUCAUCAGAAUCUGGGAGACCUGCUGACAGACGAGAUGCCACCGUGGCUGGCCAUGGACGUUAGCACCGCCAACACUGAGGUGGACUCUUUACUGGCUACACCAAACAGGGAGACUUUGGGCAGGUCGGCAGUGAUUGAGGAGUCUACUGCUGUCACGGUCGAGGCCUCUCCAGGAGGAGUCUUAACAUCACUGACCAACACCAUUACAACCCCAGGCAGUGAAAACAGAGGCCGAACCAGGAGACGAAAUGGUGUCGUCAGUUAUAAGGAGCCGUCCCUCAACAGCAAAAUACGACGUGGAGAUAAAUUCACUGACAGCAUGUUUCUGAGCUCUCCAGUGUUUAAGGAAAAGAAGAAGAGGAAGAAGACGUCUGCAGCCAAGCCGCAGCUGGAAAGAACCGUUUCGAUGAACUGAUUUUUUUUUUUUUUUUUUUAAUUUGAUUUGGUUUAUUUUAGUGGUUGGCAUUCUUUAAAGUUUAAUAAAGAGUCUUUUAAAUCAGCUGAACAGGUGCUGAUCUGUAUAUUCUAACUCCACUCGUUAUCCAGUGGUAUCCGGUUGGUGACGGUCAGAGAGAUCGACAGGAGGUUGGUCAUAAAUGAUUCAGCCUGGGCUGUUCACCUGAGAAGUCUGAUCCACAUCACUGUAAAAGGCUUGUGUUCCCUGAAAGGUCACCAGAUUCAGUGUUACACGCCUGCAGCCAACCAUGUUUAGGACUUUGUAUCACCAUGUGAACUGAAGCAUUGUGGGCGCCUGCUUUUGUUGUACAGCUUCAGUGUGAGGUCGUACAGGACUGUGUGGUGAGUACAGAUGGUUGUUUUAAAUGUGCCACUGUUUUCUGUUUGUUGUUUUCCCAUUAAAAUGUAUUA